CUCCAAUAGAUGACUAAAAUUAAACUCCCAAAAAUCCUGUAUUGGGGACAGCCAAAAACAUAUUUAGCCUAAAAUACACCCUCUUCUCCAAUAGAUGACUAAAAUUUGGUUCCCAAAAAUUUAAAAUUUUUCCACAUCAUCAUUAGUGGGCCCUUCCCAACUAAUUUUCUACCUGCUCGUUAAAAUCACAGGCGAGAGCGGAGGGGGAGAUCGCGUCGCGCGUGAGAGGCGAGGAGGAGAUCGCGGCGUGCGGAUGCGGAGGGGAAUGGGCAUGGUCGACGCGACGCACGCGGACGGAAGGAGAUGGCUGCUCAUCCUAGUCGCGCGCGAGAUCGCAACUGAUACCGUUGGCGAGGUUAUAUAUCAGACGCAGCGAUAUACGAAAUUGAUCGAAGGACACAGUGCUAUAGACGCACAUAGAGCUCUUCCUCUGUCAGCGCCGGCGGCGUUAGCACUUCACUCAAUCAGAGCUCUUCCUCUGUCAGGGCCGGCGACGUUAGCACUUCACUUAAUCAGGCAACUGCAGCAAGCAGCAACGAUUGGUGACAGGCACAAGCUCUUGUGCAGUGCUUGAUUUGAUCCAAGAUGAGUCGACCUCGCUCCUCGUUUCAACAGCUCGUGGAUGAAUCAUCGUCUGACGAUGACGAUGAUUUUUUUUUUGCCACGGCACAAAUCGUCCAUAGCUAUUGGCACUCUGUCAAUGCACCAAGACAUGGUGGGUCAGUCAUGGGACAUGAAGUGAUUGAUCGCAACAGAGAAGCACGGCACUUGAGAUUAUACCAAGACUACUUUUCCGAUAAUCCUACCUAUGGCCCAGUUUUAUUCAGGCGCAGGUUUGUAUAAGUAAAUUUUAUAUAAUUUAUUUUUGUUAUAUGCAUAGAUAUGCAUGUCUCAUUAGUUAUGAUUCGCAGGAAUAGAAUGAGCAGGCCUCUGUUUCUCCGCAUAAUGAAUGCAGUAGAGGAUCACGAUGACUAUUUUGUGCAGAAGAGAAAUGCAGCUGGUUUAAUUGGGUUCAGUUGUCACCAAAAGGUCACUGCAGCAAUGCGUCAGUUGGCUUAUGGUAUAGCAGCAGAUGCUUUGGAUGAAUAUCUCGGUAUUGCAGAAAGUACCGCUAUAGAGAGCCUGAGAAGGUUUGUGAAAGCAGUUGUACAAGUUUUUGAACAUGAAUACUUAAGAUCACCCAAUGAGAACGAUACAACUCGAUUACUUGAACUUGGGGAGGACAGAGGUUUCCCCGGUAUGUUAGGCUCCAUAGAUUGCAUGCAUUGGAAGUGGAAGAACUGCCCUACAGAAUUGCACGGUAUGUACCAAGGGCACGUGCACGAGCCUACAAUAAUUUUAGAAGCCGUUGCUUCAAAGGAUCUCUGGAUUUGGCACGCUUUUUUUGGUAUGCCUGGGUCUCAUAACGAUAUCAAUGUACUUCAUCGAUCCCCGCUAUUUGCAAAGCUAGCUGAAGGCAAGGCUCCUGAAGUGAACUAUAGUAUAAAUGGACACGAUUAUAUGAUGGGAUAUUAUCUUGCUGAUGGCAUAUAUCCUUCUUGGGCCACAUUUGUGAAGACCAUACCAGAACCACAUGGCAACAAGAGGAAAUAUUUUGCCAAAGCACAGGAAGCAGUAAUGAAGGAUGUCGAACGAGCUUUUGGGGUUCUGCAAGCUCGAUUUGCCAUUGUUCGAGGGCCAGCUCGACAUUGGGAUGAAAAGACUCUGGGAUACAUCAUGAAAGCUUGUGUUAUCAUGCAUAACAUGAUUAUUGAAGAUGAGGGAGAAGUUGAUUGGGAAGAACGGUUCCCAGAGGGAGGAGAAAAUGUCAGAGUGUCCCACGAUGAAAUACCUGAUCUUGAUAAUUUUAUCCAGAUGCACAAAAAAAUAAGGGACGACGAAACUCACUAUCAGCUACGUGAAGACCUAGUGGAGCACUUGUGGCAACAUUAUCCUGAUAAAUAUUGAGGUUUUAUUUAUAUGUUUGAAUUCCAUGUAAUAAAUAGUAUACAUAUGUGAGGAUUUGCAAAAUCAUUUUAAUUUGUUCUUCAUGUAUUGAAUAAAUGGUGUACUGUUCGGUUUAAGAAUAGUACAGGAGAAUUAAUAAAAGUGCACUUCCUUU